UUAGUGUUUAAUGUCUUCUAGGUAGUGUCAGACUGCAGCUUCCAGAAGACCUGGGACAAUGAAUCCCCAAUUAGAGGGUUGGAAAAAUGGUGUGGAAUUUGCCUCAAGGUUCAGAACUGAGUUGGAGGGAUCUCUGUUACAACAUCUCAUUGGUGAAACAUUGCAGAGGUGGUAUGAUGGCUUGGUCAUGCUACGGACAUUUGACCCAACAUGAUUGUUUUAUUUUACAUCAUGUUAACCUGCCCAAAUAUUUUUGUUACCCUAAAAUGGGGGGACAACGUACAAAAACAUGCAGUCGUAUCUGUCACUGUUAAAAACAUUUGGAGUUCUGUGUCUGGUUUAUCUGAAGGCACCCACCCGGAAUCCAACCUUACUCCUCCCACUUAUCAGCCACUUAAAUGAGUCCUUAUCGCUAGGGUACACUCAUUUGAGUUUUUGCCCUAGCACUCACACACCUGAUUCAAGUUUAAGACUUGAUGGUACUGUAGAUUGAUAAUGUCAAUCAGGUGUGUAAGUGGAAGGGCAACGUUUGAAAGAGGUGUGUGAGGGGCUAGAGCAAAAACAGCGAUGUGCACCCUUUGGAUUCCUGAGGACUGGGAAACACCUUAUCUGGUCACCAUCCAAAAGUGCAUAGGUUUCUCAUAUACAGUUUACUAGUAGAGGCUGUGUCAUUUGGUGCAGUGUAGACUGCAUCACAGCCAGCCUGUGGAUUCAUGGCCAUAUGGUGUUAUCUAGCUGGUUGAAUCUGCAGUCUAAUCAUACAGUCCCACUGUGAACUUUGAAUCCCUGGGAUAGUGUAAGGGCUAUAAAAUUGUAUUAUCAGGCAAUGGCAACAGACCUAGCUGUUCAGGUGAUCAGAUGGAUAGGUAGACGACUGGGAAGGAUUUUCUUAAAGAAAGCAAAGACUUUGUAUUAAGCCGGUAAACAGUCAAUUUGGUAUGGAUUUCAGCAAGGUUGGGGUGGAAAUUGAAGGCACCUCAGAUUCUCAGCCAGGCCAAGACAUCCGUCUCUCUGUGGUCUCAGGGUUGCGAAUUAUACUGAUCGGAGAGAGAGAGGCUGGAAAGAGUGCUGUGGGCAACGCCAUCCUGGGCAGGGGGGCGUUUGACACGGUGGGGGUGAAAACGAGGACAGCCGUGAGGCGGCGAGGCAAGGUGGCUGGGAGGCAGGUGACUGUGGUGGACACCCCUGGUUGGGAGUGGUUUCCCUCCAGAGGUUCCUCUCUUGAGGCCAGGAAGGAGAUCAUUAGGGGCGUGUCACUGUGCCAGCCUGGCCCCCAUGUCAUACUCCUGGUGGUGCCCCUUUCCUUUUCUUUCACCCAACGGGAGCACCAGGCAGCUGUGGAUCACGUGGAGAUGCUAGGUGAGCAUGCGUGGGGGCAUACUCUGGUGCUGUUCACAGUGAAGGGUGAAAGGUUGAAGGACACCACCCUGGAGGAGGAGGUGGAGGAGAGUGAGGAGCUCGAGGGCCUAGUUAAAAGAUGCGGGGGCCGCUGUCAUGCCCUGUACGGGAGGACCAGGAAGGGACAAGAUCCUGUGGCAGAGCUGAUGGAGAAGCUGGACGACAUGUGGGCCAAGAACCGUGGGGAGCUGCUGUCAAGCGAUGCAAUCCUGAAGGAUGCCAGGGAGAAGGAAAAGGAGGAGGUGAGGAGACAUCAGGAGGAGGCCAGGGAGAGAGAGCAGGAGCGGAGGAGGGUCAUGGUGGCUUUAAGGGAGAUGAAAGUGCGAAAAGGAGAGGAGUCCACAAGACAGCAGAGCCGGAGGACGAGAUACACAAACGAGAUACCAGACAGUGUGGAGAACAGAUCAACAGAUCAUACUUCAGGUUCAAACUUCACCUGGGCUGACCUCGGGACCAUUGUCAGUCGGAGUUUUAAAACAGUUAUAUGGGGGGAUAAAAAUGGUAGUAAAUGACAGAGAAAUGAACACUGAUGACUUAUCAACAAUAACUUUUUAAAGGUAUUUGCAGCAUGCACAUCCUAGUCAAACUAGGAAACACCAUACUAUUGUUCUUGUCCAAAGACAUUUGAGUUUUACGAGUCAUUAGGCAUCUUUACUGACUUGUUACUGAAUUGUUUUAUAGAACUUAUCUGCAUGCAUACCAUACUGUGGGUAUGGUUGUGAAUACAUGAAUGGCUUUUGUGUUAAUGAGGUAAAUAUAUUAACACCACUCUUGAAAACAGAAUUUGAUUUGAGGAUGGUUGAUUUUCAAAUUAUACAGUAUCUGUGUACAGAUACCAUUUCUUAUCCGUCAAGACAAUUUUAUAUAGCCCAUUUUAAUUUUGAAUCACCUAUACAAUGAAUCCAAGAGGUUUAAUAAACACAAUUUUUAUGUCAUGAUAAUCAAGAUACACAAACGUUGACAAGUGAGCCAGAAAAUACAGAUGGGAGCAUGUGUCCUGUGGCCAGCGAGAGCAUGAAUAUUCCACCAACACCUAGUUCAGCAACACCAGGUGGACUUUGGACAGGAAGGACUAGGUGUGCUGUGAAAAGCUAUUACUUAUCAGGGUGUAGGUUUGCUAGCCUGUUUGCCUAGAAAAAACGUUUAUAGGUAUGAUGCUGCAUUCAGGUGCUGUUAGUCUUAUGUUCUUUGUUUCCAGGGGAAAAUUUCACUGAAUGACGCUUCCAGUUGGAAUUAGAAGUAGGUAGUGUUUUCACUCAAGUUGUUCAAUUGAGUUGUCAAAUGUUCAACCAAAAGGUGACAACACUCCGUAUAUGAAUAUUACAACAACCAUAUCAACAGAGUUGGGGAGUAACGGAUUACAAGUAAUCCACUAGAUUUAUACCAAAUGGCAUUACAAAAAAUUGUAAGUGUAAUCAGUUACAUUACCAGCUAAAAUAAUGUAAUCGGAUUACAGAUACUUUUAAAAUUAUGAUUACUUUUGGGUUACUGAAAUUGAAAAACAAUAGGUACGCGAAAUAAUUAUGACACAUAGCAUGUUUGAUUUUUUUUAUUUAAUGUUUUAACACUAGAACUGCCGGGGAUUGUUUUAUGCCUAAAACCGCCAAACGCGGGUAAAAUGUACCCAUGCGCGAUUGCGCCUGGCUGCUGCAAUUCUGCAACAAGUAAUGUACUGUAAUUGUAUUAAGACAUUGUCUUCACAAAAUAAUGUCUCAAGUCAUAAAAUGAGUUUUGUUUAAACUAUCUAAUCACUAAUCGCCUAAUUUAGUUUAAUUUAUAAUGUAUGAUGAGUGGAGUGAACAUCAACAACCUUGAGGUAACCAUUACAUUUAUUUAUAACAUAAAAUCACAGCUAUAUAUUCCUGAAAAAGGAGUGGAAACAGUGGUUUCUUAUUCGAUGUUCGAUUUAAUUCAAAACACCGACCGAACGCACUAGGCCUACUUGGUCAUAUACAGAUCAGCGCUGACAUGAACAGCGAAAAUGUACAAAAACAAACUCUCACCAUUUUACAAGCAAUAGACUAUGAUAAAGGCAGGGGAAGCAGAAGGGAACAUACAGAGAUGAAGCUAACGAUUAGGCUGUGUGAAAAAUCAAGAACAAACAAUAUGAUUCCGGGACGUGUUAAAUGCAGUGUUGCCAACUUAGCGACUUUGUCGCUAGAUUUAGCAACUUUUCAGACCCCCUUAGCGACUUUUCUUCA